UAACUAGUUUCCAGUUAAAUGUGUUUACAUGCACCGUAGUUGCCUAGUUCCCGAAACGCCACUUAAAAUGAGUGUUGACGCUGACUAUCACUCCUGGAGUCGCGAGUUUGAAUCCAGGAUGUGCUGAGUGACUCCAGCCAGGUCUCCUAAGCAACCAAAUUGGCCCGGUUGCUAGGGAGGGUAGAGUCACAUGUGGUAACCACCUCGUGGUCACGAUUAGUGGUUCUCGCUCUCAAUGGGGUGUGUGGUAAGUUGUGUGUGGAUCGCGGAGAGUAGUAUGAGCCUCCACAUGCUGUGAGUUGCCGCGGUGUCAUUAUACUGCAGCUGCAGGUUAUACAUGUUUGAUUUAUUAUUCAGGAACUGAGUUUAGCUACAUUUGGAAAGGAAAAAAUGGAAACAUCACGAAUAAAUGAAUAAAUCUCUGCACGUAGACGCACUGAAUGCUGUAACCGGAAACGCCAGAGCCGCACUACUUAGUAUGCAGAAGCAGUUGUGCAAGUAGUUCAUUGCGGUCCGGGGACAUGAUUAAUUGCGUUAAUAUUUUUAAUGUGUUAUUUUUUAUAUAAUCAAUCGUACUGAAUUAAUGCAUUAAAUCGACAGCCCUAAAUAUAAUAUAAUAUACAGUACGUGUAAUAAAAUAUAUUUGGUGAUGAUUUUGGACAGAAAAAUCUCCACUCACAUUUUCUGUAGAAAAUUUAAUAUUUGAGUUUUCCCUCUUGUUUCACUCUCUCUCCCUCUCCCACACACACACAGCAUGCAUGGGGUCAGAUAUAGCAGAGUUUCUCUUUUCUAGGAUGACGGACUGUGGAAAUACAUGACAAGUUGAGAGAUGCUCUGGCAGUGAGAUGAGUUGUGUUUGGCUAAAGUUUGAGUUUGUUAAAAAGCCCUUUUCAGUCCGAGUCAGUAGUGCUGCUGUGUGUUGUGUGGCCGCUGGGGUCUGUAUGGAAUGGCGACUGAGAUGGUUUUGCUAUUUGGUUUAAUAAAUAUUUUGUUUUCCUUUCACUGCAUCAGUCAAUCUUCUUGAGAUUCACAGUGCUGGGCUUCUGGCUUUAGAGCAUUUAUGACUGCUGUGCGGUUUCCUGUUGAGUCCGCGGACAUCAACAGGGGGCGACUCAACAGUACUGCGCCUUUCAUGCGAUGUUAUUUCUGUGCCAGACUGACCAUUCACUGAAGUUCAAGCUUAAAGGGAUAAUUGAUGAUGAAAAUUCUGCCAUUAUUUACUCACCCUCAUGUCAUUCCAGACUCUUUCUUUCUUUGGAGCACAAAAAGGAGAUGCUUAACAGUGUUCAUGCUGCUGUUGUCCGUACAACGAGAUAAGCAGUACGUUGGCUUUGCUACACUCCCUAAUCAGGUGCACAGGAAGUCUGUGAAGAAGGGCUUUGAUUUCACUCUAAUGGUGGCAGGUGAAUCUGGUUUGGGCAAGUCUACUCUAGUUAACAGCCUCUUCCUCACAGAUCUCUAUAAAGACAGGAAAUUACUAAAUGCAGAAGAACGCAUUAAUCAGACUGUUAAAAUAACCAAACACACAGUGGAUAUUGAAGAAAAAGGAGUCAAACUCAAACUCACCAUCGUGGACACACCAGGGUUUGGAGACGCUGUUAAUAAUAAUGAAUGUUGGAAGCCCAUCACAGAUUACAUUGAUCAACAGUUUGAGCAGUACUUCAGAGACGAGAGUGGACUGAACAGAAAGAACAUACUUGACAACAGAGUACACUGCUGUCUGUACUUCAUACCACCAUUUGGACACGGGUUGCGGCCGGUGGAUGUGGAGUUCAUGAAGGCGCUACAUGAGAAAGUGAAUAUUGUUCCUCUGAUCUCUAAAGCCGACUGUCUCACUCCUAAUGAAGUCAAAAAACUCAAGGACAGGGUGCGAGACGAGAUCGAGCAAUUUGGGAUUAAAGUGUAUCAGUUUCCUGAAUGUGACUCUGAUGAAGAGGAGGACUUUAAACAGAUGGACAAAGAACUGAAGGAGUGUACUCCAUUUGCUGUCAUUGGCAGUAAUACAGUGGUGGAGACCAGAGGUCAGCGGGUCAGAGGGCGUCUUUACCCCUGGGGUAUUGUAGAAGUGGAGAAUCAGUCUCACUGUGACUUUGUGAAGUUGAGGAACAUCUUGAUUCGCUCUCACAUGCACGACCUGAAAGACGUGACCUGUGACGUGCACUAUGAAAACUACAGAGCGCAUUGCAUACAGGAGAUGACCAGUAAACUUGCACAGGAUAACUGUACAGACAGCCCGCUACCCAUCUUACCUCUGCCCACACCAGACGUGGAGACAGAGAGACUCAUCAAGAUGAAAGAUGAAGAGCUGAAGAGAAUGCAAGAGAUGCUGGAGAAGAUGCAACAACGGAUGCAUGAGAAAGAUCAGUGACACGCACACUACAACCCUCACUGCAACUCUCAGAUGUGAAUGCAUUUAAAAUAUACUGUACGAAUAUCAUAUCUACCGCUUUGUCCAUCAGAUUCAGUCUUACAAUUGCUGUAAGUUGAUUUGCUCGGUGCUUUUGUCUGCCUGGAUGAAACAUGGUGAUUUGACAAAUGCUCGUGUCUAUGAAGAGCAUAAAUAAAUCAGUGUAUUAUUAACUUAAUGAACUUUUAAAGGUAUCUAAUUUAUAUUGACUUUUUUUAUUUGCUUAGCAAGAUGAAUGUGUGAGUUUUUAGAAAAUAUUUUUUUCUGAAAUAGUGAUGGUCGUUUAUUGAUAUCUAUGUACGUGUGUGCAUUUGUAAACCGAGAGAGAUAUUAUGUAUUUUGCUAGUAAUUUGUUGGAUUCAAAGGCAGUUUUGUUUUUUUAAAGUGCUCGAAAUCAGUGAAUGUGCAGAUACAAUUGAAAUUAUUGUCAUCAAUAAACUUUCUCAGUUCAGACUGUGGGUCUUUGCUUGUUUAAUGACAAUAAUAGCAUCAAUAACAGUAGUGUUGGUAUAUUUAUACAAUUAUUAUGGUAAAUCUUGCAGUUAUGCUUGCUAAUAAAUGUGAAGAAUUUGUAAGGUAUCAUUGUUUUUGUCCUAGUUCCAAAGCUUCUUUAAAAUGUUAAAUAAAGAAGAAAAUGUGUUUUCAUAUUUAAACAUUGAAUUCUUUUAUCUGAAAUGUGACGUAGGUUUUCUGUAGGUUUCUGAUACGGUAUAAUUCCUUCAGAUGUAAAUGCGUUUUCUCACGUCAAUACUAGGAGUUUAAAGCAGGUUAACAGUAUCAGAGAGCGAAUGUGUGCCUCACUUCCUGUGUCAUAUUCCUCUGAGUGUGGCGUGUGUGUGUUUGUGUGUUGAAGGUAAUUUUAUCAGUCAGACACGGCUGUGUUUAAUGCUGCAGUCUUAACGCUCCUCAGUCUGAUACAGACACACAGAGACGCUGGAAUGUGAGCUGUAGUUUUCCAGCACACCUGCGGGGACGUCUGGUGGUGUAUCUGGUGGAGGAAGAAGUUUUGGAAUCAUGUCGUUAUUGGAUGUGUAAUUUAGCACUGGCAUCUCAGAUCAGCCUCUUCAUC